AUAAUCGCGGUGCAGUACGCAUAACCGGCCACGGCGAGCGGUGGAUAGCGUUCAUUUUAAUAUCUAGCUGUUUGUACUGACAGUAUUAGAAGGCCGCUCCCAACGGAAGGCGGUCUAUAAAGCAAAACACUUACACUAACACCCAAUUUUAUUAGUACAGUUCCUGAUAUCCAAACGCACAUUGACCAAUGUGAAAAACUAAACGCAAAUUUUUACUUUUUUCGGCGGCAAUAAAACUUUUUUUGGACGAAACUUUUGUAUUAGCCGGCCGAGUUGAUAUGUCGUUUCGUGUGAUACUCUCGCCAUAUUAUGAAGUUUAGUUAUAAAUUAGCCGUGUUAAAUAUUUUUUGACAUUCGAGAGAAUGAAAAUAAUUACAUGACGUGAUGUUAAAAAAACUUUAUUUACUACGAAAUGUUACGGUAAUUUGUAUUUAAACUAAGGUAAAAUCUACUUCUGAUCUUAAUCCAAGUGUAGUGCCCUCGAAACUCUCAUUAAAUUAAGGAAAAAUGAGAUAUACAAACAGGAAGACAAAAUAUUUAGUAAUUCAAAAUUAAAUAAAUAAUAAUAAUGCAACUUUCUAAAAUGUAAAACUUUAAUUUUUUUUAUGGAAAGGCCAGUGAUAUAUUUAAUUUUUUUUUUUAAAAUCUACUAUGUAACUAAGAUUUUGCGAAUGUAAUUUAGGGCCAGUAUUAGUUUUAAUUCGUACAAGUGUUUUUUUUUACAAUGUGUUUUUUGUUUGGAUGGCGACCAUCAGGACAUACUUAUUAAUGAGAAAAAGGGCGCGUGGCGUCGUGUACGCGCCGUGCUGCCCGCUACAAUGGAGGCGUGCGGCCCGCCCAUACAAAUGGAGCCAGUUGACUUAAGCUUGAAGAGGAGAUCACCGACACCCAGAAAACGUGCUCGAUUUACCAGUACGGCUUUCUCGAACUCCUCGAGGCUUGUCAAGGAAUUUGAGUCAAGACCAACUAUUAUGUUUGAAUCGAAUCAUCAAGUUCCGAAAAUUAAAAUAGGUCCAGAUCUCAGAAGUGCUAGGAAGACGAAACAGCACAGUACUAAGUCAAAACCCCCGCAGACCUCCAAUACUCCCAUAACAAUCACCCAUCGCCCAACAGACUUGCCCAAGCAAUACCUCCCGCCGCUGGUACCGUUCGCGCUGCCUAAACCGCCAUCUGACGAGGAGAUCAAGAACUUUCUACUCAACACGGCGCUACAGAAUGCGUUGACGGGCUCCCUCAACCAGCUGACACAACGCAAGCCUUACCCCAAACCUCAGAAGGACAUCGAACCUGAACCGCCCCUAACUGAAGCACAGAAUAGACGCAGACUGCACAAGUGUGACGUCGCCGGAUGCCAUAAAGUUUACACAAAAAGUUCGCAUCUUAAAGCCCAUAAGAGGACGCAUACAGGUGAGAAACCGUACUCCUGCGCUUGGGCCGGCUGCGAAUGGCGAUUCGCCCGAUCCGACGAGUUGACGCGGCACACCCGCAAGCACACCGGACUGAGACCGUUCACUUGCGCGUUAUGCAGACGGGCGUUCGCAAGGUCGGACCAUUUGCGUUUACACUUGAGACGUCAUUAAUAUAAUGUAGUUUGCAUCUGUUGUUGUAGGUAGACAGUGGACAGUAUGUCCUGUGUCUAUACUUGGAGACAGUUUCUUCUAUGUCUGUACUUAUAGAGAGUGGACAGUAUGUCCUGUGUCUGUACUUAUAGGUAGUGGAUAGUAUGUCCUGCGUUUGUACUUAUAGACAGUAUGUCAUGUAUCUGUACUUAUAGUCAGUAGACAGUAUGUCCUGUACGUGUACUUAUACUUAUUAGACAGUAUGACCUGUGUCCGUACUUAUAGACAAUAGACUGUAUGUCCUGUGUUUGUACUUAUGUCCUGUGUCUGUGUCUGUAG